AUGGGAUCGCUGGAUGAAUCCGAUCUCCUCUUGAUGGCCAUCCCGCACGUCGUGUUGAUCGCGUUGUCGGCGAUGAUCUUGGGGACGACGCUGGUGAAGGCUGUGGAUCGGUACGACACCUGGUUCGAUCGCCACUGCAAUUGUCAACCCAACGGCACCACGCGGAUCGCUUCGGAUCGGCUGGCCAACUUCUCGAUCCUGAUGUUCUGCGUCUACACCGUCAUCGUCGCGCUCAUGAUCUGGGCUCGGAAGUUGAGCACAAAUUGGCUGAUUUGUGUUGGGCUACUGUACCUGGCCGACUCCGGGACGUUGAUGAUGUUUGGGCGAGGUGCCCAACUCGGCUGCUCGAUCUCCUACCGUACCGACCUAAACCAAUUUUUCAACGGCAUCGCUGGAGGACAACAAGACAUGCUGGUGUCGGUGAACUUGUUGAUGGCGUUCUUACGCUCCUGGGAGGCUACGCAUCUGAUGGAAACGAUGCCACUGUGGAUCCCGUUUCUCGGCGCUGGGCUCUGCGUCGCCUGCGGCUUCCUCACCUUCCUGCUGCAUAUCUUGGAGGUGUUCGGCAGGGUGUGGUUCACCCCGGAUGCUCAGGGAUACCACGAUGAGAACAAGUUCCCGGUACAGCUACUAUACCUCUGUUCGAGUUACGUUCGCUCAAGCCUAUGCUGCCGGCUGGGUGAGGUCCGAGAGCGCGCGUAUUCUACCAUCAAAAUGAAGACGUUGCCCUCGCCUGUGCAUGUG